GCCCCACUCAUCGAGCUACCUCUUUUUAAGUCCAAACCAUUGAGAACUUUAAUAAAAGAAAUCUCUCGCGCAACACGGGGAACUUUUAGUACGAUCAUCAGUUAAUCCCGUACAAUAUAAGUCCGCGACUUGAUUAGGAAGGUCAGUUGACUGGCCGUAGGACUUUUUUCUUUUCUUUUUUUUAUCAGUAGCAUCAUGGCCAAUAGACGAAUUCUUGUUAUCGCGGGGAGCGAUUCGAGCGGUGGUGCCGGCCUCGAGGCGGACCAGAAAGUCAUCGCGGCUCACGGCUGCUAUGCUAUGACUGCCACGACGGCAUUGACGGCUCAGAAUACCACUGGGGUUAGUGACAUACACCACACACCCCCUGAGUUCGUAAGGAAGCAGAUCGAUGCCGUCUUUGCGGACAUUGAACCUGGAGUUGUGAAGACGGGGAUGUUGGCCUCUGCACGUACUAUCGAGACUGUAGCACAGGCAUUGAAGGAUUACAAGGUCGAGAGGCUGGUCUUGGAUCCUGUUAUGGUUGCCACCACUGGGUCUAAACUCCUACCACUGGAAGCCGUGAAUGAGUUAAGAACUCUGCUGCUCCCGCAGACGUUUGUUCUUACUCCAAAUAUCCCCGAGGCACAGCUGCUACUCUCCGAGAGUGGAAAGGGGACUGUCGACAUCCGACGUGUAGACGACUUAGAGGUAAUCGCCCGGAAGGUAUCGGAAUUGGGGCCCAAGUGGGUUCUCAUCAAAGGUGGCCAUGCGCCCUUUAAGAAAGACGGCUCGAUAGCUACGACCCCUGAGGAAAGGGAGUUGGUUGUCGACCUAUUAUUUGGAGAGGGACGUGCCACGAGGAUCGAGAGUCCAUACAUAGACUCAAGCAGCACACACGGAACUGGCUGUUCUCUCGCCUCUGCUAUCGCGUCCAAUCUUUCCAAAGGGCAGAAACCCGUAGAGGCUGUCAAGGCUGCCUGUCGGUACGUCGAAGCAGGAAUCAGGUCUGCGCCCGGGUACGGGAAAGGAAACGGACCACUCAACCAUUUCCAUUCAGUUCUUACCCUCCCGUUCUCUCGGGGUCACUUCAUCGAAUACCUUCUGGAACGGCCUGAUGUCGCUCCGGUGUGGCAUCAAUUUAUUAACCAUCCGUUCGUCCUCGGCCUCGGCAACGGAAAAUUGCCUCUCGAGUCGUUUAAAGGCUAUCUGAUACAAGAUUAUCUAUACCUAGUUCACUUUGCUAGGGCGAAUGCGUUGGCGUCGUACAAGUCCAAGAAUAUGGAAGAUAUUGCAGCAGGGGCUAAGAUCGUGUCGCAUAUCCACACCGAGAUGAAGCUUCACCUUGACUACUGUAAAGAGUUCGGCAUAUCGAAAGAGGAGAUAGAGGCGACGGAAGAGCACCAAGCAUGUACCGCGUACACAAGAUACGUCCUCGAUAUCGGACAAUCGGAAGAUUGGAUUGGCCUCCAAGUUGCCCUGGCGCCUUGCCUCCUCGGCUACGGAGCUAUUGCGAAGCAGCUCCACGGCGACCCGAGAACGAAGACGGAGGGGAACACGUACUGGAAAUGGAUCCUGAAUUACGUCGCGGAGGACUACGUGGAGGCGGUAGCAACUGGAUCUGCUCUCAUGGAAAAGAACGCGGUCUUACAGUCUCCUUCGAGGAUAGAAGAGCUGGUUAAGAUAUUUAUCCACGCUACGAAGAUGGAAAUUGGCUUUUGGGAGAUGUUCCCAUCAGCUUAACCCGCGGGUCUCGAAUCUUCGUCCGAAUCCAUCUCAUUCACUAUAUAGAAGGGAAGCGCGGGCAUCUGGUGGAAGGAAAUAGAUGGAUUAGGUACCUGUAAAUGGUACGGGUGUAUUAAAAUGUGUGGUACAAUUAAUUGCCUGGUAUUUGAGACAUCGUCGGUGUUGAGACAAAAGCCUAUUGAGUCAUGAUCAUGCUGGUGAGAGUCGUUUGUAAAGUGAUACUUUCUCAUGGUGGCUUUCUUUAAUACAUUUGUUUACAUUAACUGGCGUAAAUGUACGGUUGAUCCAGUAUAUGUAAGGUUAUUUAGGUACCUAAUCUGAUGUGAUUGAUCUUGUACGCAUUACUCAGAUCGUAAUGUCUGUCACUGUAAAUUGACCAAAACAAAAAACCGGUUGUCCAGAGGCAAAAAUUACAUAGUACCUACCUUAGUAUAGUG